GUAUGCUGAUAUUGGGCAAGUCGGUGGUGCGUAACAAGAGAUUCGGCCUCCUUCGAGACAACAGAGAAAUAGGGUUCUGCCCUCUGCCCGUGUCGGAGUUUUCAUUUCCUUGUUCCGAAUUCCUCCAUUACUCAUCACUCUGAAAAUGAGGCCGAUAUUGAUGAAAGGCCAUGAGAGGCCUCUCACUUUUCUCAAGUAUAAUAGAGACGGGGACUUACUUUUUUCAUGUGCCAAAGAUCAUAAUCCAACCGUCUGGUUCGCCGAUAAUGGAGAGCGCCUCGGCACUUAUCGCGGUCACAACGGCGCUGUUUGGUCCUGCGAUAUUUCUAGGGAUUCCACAAGGCUUAUAACUGGAAGUGCAGAUCAGACUGCAAAGCUAUGGGAUGUCAAAACGGGAACUCCACUCUACACGUUUAAUUUUGAUUCACCAGCUAGGUCUGUUGAUUUUGCAGUUGGUGAUAGGCUUGCUGUUAUAACAACAGAUCCUUUUAUGGGAUUGCCGUCUGCUAUUCACAUCAAGCGCAUUGCUAGAGAUCCGGAGGAUCAGACUGGUGAAUCAGUUCUCAUUCUUAAGGGGCCUCAGGGCAGAAUUAACAGAGCAGUUUGGGGACCUCUGAACAGGACCAUCAUAAGUGCUGGUGAGGAUUCUGUAAUUCGUAUCUGGGAUUCUGAGACGGGAAAAUUACUGAAAGAGUCUGACAAGGAGGACGGCCACAAAAAACCUAUUACAUCACUCUCAAAAUCCACAGAUGGUUCUCACUUUCUCACUGGUUCUUUAGAUAAAUCUGCCAAGCUUUGGGAUAUACGAACAUUGAAACUUAUCAAGACAUAUGUAACAGAACGUCCAGUAAAUGCGGUUGCCAUGUCUCCACUUCUUGAUCAUGUGGUUCUUGGAGGUGGUCAGGAUGCAUCAGCUGUCACCACAACUGAUCAUCGUGCUGGAAAAUUUGAAGCUAAGUUCUAUGACAAGAUCCUUACAGAAGAAAUUGGAGGUGUGAAAGGCCACUUUGGACCAAUAAAUGCCUUGGCAUUUAAUCCUGAUGGUAAAAGUUUCUCAAGUGGAGGCGAAGAUGGAUAUGUGAGGCUGCACCAUUUUGAUCCAGAUUACUUUAAUAUCAAGAUUUAAACAUGAAGUUUUUGGAUUUUGUAGUUUGUCUUCUAUUGGUUUCAUGUAAUGAUGUAGUUUUGAAAGAUUGGGUUGCGAUUUUUCCAUUGGAGCAGAACUGUCCAAGGCUACAAAAUUUAUUCUUUUCUCUAUAAUCUUCUUCUUUCUUUUCCCCUA